GGGAGGGAGGGCCCCCCGAGACCCCCCCGGCCCCACGGAUGCCCGGGAAACCGCACUGCUCGAGGCCCCCCCACAGAUGAGACCUCUCCACCUCCUGCCAAAGAGGCCUCUGGCCACGCGCCUGCGGGAAGGGCUUCAGCCAGAAUUCCAACCUGGCCACGCACCGGCGCAUCCACGGCGGGGAGAAGCCCUUCGGCUGCCGGGACUGCGGGAAGCGCUGCGGGGAGAGCUUGGCGCUGGUGCAGCACGGGCGGAUGCACACCUGGGAGCGGCCGUACACAUGCAGGGAAUGCAGGAAGAGCUUCAGCGUCGGCUCCAACCUGCGACAACACUACCGUAGCCAUGGCCGAGAGUGGCUCCACCUCUGCCCUGAGUGCGGGAACUUUCUGGAACCCUGGCCAGCUCUGCAGGCACCGCACGGGGCAUGGGUACAGUGACACCUGGAGGGGCAUCAGGACAGCUGGAUGGGUUGGGACACAUGAAUGGUGAUAGUGCCACCGUGAUGGGGACACUAGGAUGAGGAUGGGGAGGAGGGGAUGGGAUGGGAACAAGGAUGGAGAUGUGUUGGUUUGGCACAGCCUGGUUUUUGGCAGGGGUGGUGGUGGUGCCACAGGUGUGGCUUCUAUGAGAAGCACCUGGAAGCUUCCACCAUGUCUGACAUAGGCAAUCUCUGAUGACUGUGAAGAUGGACGUGCUGCUGGCCCAAUUAGAGAGGCUGGAACACCUCUGUGAUGACAUAUUUAAGAAGAAAAUCAAAACCGUGUUUGCACGGCUUUUUCCCGGGGUGGCGAAGCCCUGCUGCCGGGGCCAUCCUCGUGCAGCCUGCAGCGAUGCGCUGCAGCCACCGCCAUCUCAGCAAGGCCUGCGGCGAGCCUUGCCUGCCCGGCUGCCCCGAGCCAGCUGCACCGCCGGCGGAAAGGGCAGGGACAGUGGCAGCAGCGUCCCCUUCCCAGCACCCUGCACGAGGAGAGGCAUUAAAUAGCACCAGCACUGCGGCGGCCGCCACUGCCCUGCAAUGGCAGCAGGGCUGUAUGGCCAACAGUGGAAGCACAAUGAGAAGGUCCCUGAUGCAGAACCUAGACAAAAUCACCAUAGUGCUGCGGGAUCCUGCAGGAAUCUUCGGACUCGUGGAACUUGUUGGCACUGAACCCUCCGGGGCUCCUUCCCGAGUCCUGGACUUUGCUCCUCGCCCCUGGCGACGUGACCAGAGGAAGAUUCCAUCCUGGGGAGGGAAGAGAGAGGAGCUGGGAAAGCCUGGUCGCAGGAUCAUCUAAUCCCAAGAGAACCUGUUCCUGGCAGCACCUGAUCUUGGAAAAUUGCAGCUGGCAGAGGUGAGAGGAAAGGAGGAGCUCAUCCUGGGAUCCCCCACUCCUGCCACCUGCUGCCAAUUCCAGGGUCCCUCCCGCUGCACUUCGGGGUCUCCCUGUGUUCUCCUGCCAUGGCUGAGCCCUCUGGGGCUGGGGACAGCAUCCCAUUGGAAUGUCCUGGCCUGGACAUGGCCGCUGGGGAGGAAUUCCUGCAGGAAGUGUUCCAGAUCCUGCUGGAGGAGGGCGUGCGGAAGAGCACAGAUGUGACACAGAAGGUGUGUGACUGGAAGGAGCCGCAGGAGCUGCGGGACCUGCUGGAUCUGGAGCUGCGGAGCGACGGGGAGGGGCGGGAGCGGCUCCUGCAGCGCUGCCGGGAUGUGCUGCGCUUCAGCGUCCGCACCGGGACCCCUAGAUUCUUCAACCAGCUUUUCUUGGGGCUGACUGUGGACCACCACGCCCUGGCUGGCCGGUUCCUCACCGAGACCCUCAACACGAGCCCGUACACAUACGAAGUGGCCCCAGUGCUGGUGCUGAUGGAGGAGCAGGUCCUGGCCAAGCUCCGGGAGCUCGUGGGGUGGAGCAGCGGCGAUGGCAUCUUCGUUCCCGGGGGCUCUAUGUCCAACAUGUUGGCCAUGAACGUGGCGCGAUUCCGGCGUUUCCCGGAGAGCCGCAGCAGAGGGAACUGGGACCUGCCUCGCCUGGGCCUGUUUGCAUCCCAGGAGAGCCAUUACUCCAUCCUAAAAGGAGCUGCUCUCCUGGGAAUUGGCACGGACAAUGUUCACCUGGUGCGGACAGAUGAGAGGGGGAAGAUGAUCCCGGAAGAGCUGGAGAAGGAGAUCCAGAGGGUGAAAGCUGAGGGCUCGGAGCCCCUCCUUGUGUGUGCGACGAGUGGCACCACUGUCCUGGGCGCCUUCGACCCGCUGGACGCCAUCGCCGACGUCUGUGCCCGCCACGGGCUGUGGCUGCAUGUGGACGCAGCAUGGGGGGGCAGCGCCCUCCUGUCCCCCCGACUCCGUCAUCUCCUUGCCGGCAUCCACAGAGCUGACUCAGUGACCUGGAACCCCCACAAGCUGUUGAUGGUGGGGUUGCAGUGCUCAGCAUUCCUGCUCCGUGACAGCUCCGGGCUCCUGCAGCGCUGCCAUGGCGUGGGGGCCUCGUACCUGUUCCAGCGGGACAAGUUCUACGACGUGUCCCUGGACACAGGGGACAAGAGCCCCCAGUGCGGCCGCCGCGCCGACGGCCUCAAGCUCUGGAUCCUCUGGAAAGCCGUGGGGACCCGGGGGCUGGCACAGCGUGUGGAGCGGGCGUUCGGUGCCUCUCGGUAUCUGUUGGAGCAGGUGAAGAGGAGGGAGGGAUUCCAGCUGGUGAUGGAGCCAGAAUUUAUCAACCUCUGCUUCUGGUUCAUCCCACCCAGCCUGCGGGGCCAGGAGAACUCCCCGCAAUUCUGGGACAAACUGGGAAAGGUGGCCCCAGCCAUCAAGGAAAAGAUGAUCCGGAGGGGCUCCAUGAUGGUGGGAUACCAACCCCAAGGAUCCCAUGUCAACUUCUUCCGGCAGAUUAUCACCAAUCCUGCUGUCACCCGCCAGGACCUGGACUUCUUCCUGGAUGAGAUACAGGAAUUGGGAUGGGAUCUGUGAGCACUCCCAAAAACCCCAGUGAAAGACCCCAAAACCUUCCCCCCAUCCCUGAGGAAGAGGAGCAGAUCCUUGAUUUCCUCCCCUCAUCCCAAAUUGGAAAUGACCCCAAAACUCCACACUCAUGGAAUAAAACUCCAUUUAAUGGUCUUGA